AUGGGGCCUCUAUGUGAUGUGUGUGGGGUGGAGAGGGCAGUGGUGUACUGUAAACCAGAUGCAGCUAAGCGUUGCUUUCAUUGUGAUGGAAGUGUACAUUCAGCAAAUUGUUUAUCUCGAAAGCACGUUCGUUCUCUCAUUUGUGACAAUUGCAGUUCAGAGCCUGCAAUUGUACGUUGCAUGAUUAUGGAAAUGUGUUUAUGUGAACGCUGUGAUUCAAAUACGAUUGGUUGCAAUAUGGUAUCAGGGCAUCAACACCAGAAGUUGGAUUAUUAUAGUGGAUGUCCAUCUCCAGCUGAGUUUAUGACAAAGAUUUUGUCAACAACUUUUGAUGAAAUGUCUAAUAAUAAUAAUAAUGUACAUAAUCUUAGUAGAUUCGAUACUGCUAGCUCAUUGAGUGUCAAUGAGAAUAAUUGCUCAAUGGUGGCUAGCAAACUCAAUGAAUUAGCUUCUUGUAUGAAGUUUGAACCAUGGGCAAUUCCUUCUCCUGUAAUUCCUUCAAAUUCCACAUACUUGACAACCUACAACAUAGAUCAAGCAGCACUCGCAGAUGGAUCUAGCCUCCCCAAGCAAAGUUGUACUACUAUUAAAGAUCAUGAAAUUUAUGGAGCUAAUGAUCUUGCGGGAGAUGUUGAUUUGGACGAAUUGAAUUCCAAUUCUAGUUACAAUAUUUUCAGCAGUUUACAACAAAGUCAUUCAAGAUAUUAUAGUGAAGACAGGGGAUUGGGUUGCCUAGUGAUGGAGAAAAAUUUAUCUGUCAUUGGGCCUAAUAGUCAUGUUGAAACUGCAGUAGAGGCACCAUCUUCAGUGAGUGGAACUGCUAAUGGCAUGUUUAUGAAUCCAAGUUGUAAUGGAAAUACUGGCUUAGCUUUUACACAUGGACCAGCUCAUUCAAGGUCAUUGUCAGUCUCCAACAUCACCAAAGAAAGUAGUGACGCAACUGAGUACCAAGAUUGUGGGUUUUCGCCACUCUUUCCGCCUUGUGAUUGGAAUUCAGAAACUAGCUGUCUACGGGCAAGGAAUGAAGCCAAGAUGAGAUACAAUGAGAAAAAGAAAACUAGAACAAAGCAAAUAAGAUAUGCUUCACGCAAGGUCAGGGCAAAUACGAGAAGACGAGUUAAAGGCAAAUUUGUUAAGGCUGGGGAGGCUUAUGAUUAUGAUCCAUUAGUAACAAGGGAUAUGUGA